GACGAAUUAGUAAAAUGGCAUCAAUAUGAUAUCUUACCUUAUCAUCUUCAUUCAUCCUCUCAUUCCCACCGUUCCCUUCACUUCUAUAAAUAUCACAUUUCCAAACCCUCACUCACACUCUCUUCUUCAUAAUCCCAUAAACCCUAUUUUCCCAAAACCUUAUCCAAUCCAUUUCCUUCAACCAUGUCUACCUCUGCAACUUCCUUAGCAUUUCCAUCUCUCUUCACCAAAAACCCUCUCUGUUCUUCUCCCCAAUGUUUCUCUUCACUCCCUUCCCUUUCACUCAACCCUAAUUUCAAACCAAUUUCCAUUUCCUCUGUUUCUCUCCGUUCAACUUUGUCUAACCGUUUCGUUUCUCGUGUUGCCGUUUCGUCUGAAUUCGACCAAGAAGAAGAUACCUUUGAUGAUGAUAGACGUAGUUACUCUGCCGAACAGAGGUUGUUUGUUGGUAACCUUCCUUUCAGUGUUGACAGUGCUCAACUUGCUGAGAUAUUUGAUAAUGCUGGAAAUGUUGAGAUGGUUGAGGUUAUUUAUGAUAAAACUUCUGGAAGAAGCAGGGGAUUUGGUUUUGUGACUAUGUCUUCGGCUGAGGAAGCUGAAGCUGCUGCUCAGCAGUUAAAUGGCUAUGAAGUGGAUGGAAGGCAAUUGAGAGUGAAUGCUGGACCACCUCCACCUCGUACCGAGAACUCACGUUUUGGUGACAAUCCUCGUUUUGGUGACAGGAGAGGUCCUCCAAGAGGUGGUUCUUCUGCAGGUAGCGAAAACCGUGUUCAUGUUGGCAAUCUUGCCUGGGGUGUUGACAACUUGGCACUUGAGAGAUUGUUUAGCCAACAAGGAACGGUUAUAGAAGCUAAGGUAAUCUAUGACAGGGAGAGUGGUAGAUCUAAAGGCUUUGGAUUUGUGACUUACGGUAGCGCUGAAGAGGUCAACGGUGCUAUUCGGUCCUUAGAUGGCGUGGACUUGAAUGGAAGAGCCAUACGGGUCGCGCCGGCUGAUAGUUCUAGUAGACCAAAGCGUGAAUUUUGAGGAUAUGGCCUUUCAUCUAUACCCGAUCAAGAGAGGACUUCGGUAGUUGGGAGUUAUGUGGCAGCAAUUCAUAGAUGUUUUUGAACGGUUUACAAAAGAUUGCACUUCAUACUUGGUAACUGUAUCUACACACAGUAGCAGUACCUAACAGGCUUCUUUCUGUUGAAGAGAUAACACUCUCUUGAAACUUGAACGUGUGCUUUAGAUUAAAUAGAUUUUAUUUGAACUGAUUUGUUGUAGUCUGUAUUUUAAUGCUUUCUUAGUAAAUGUAGAUUGCUCGAUAUUCAAUGGUGUUACCGCGAUUGAAGAUUGAACUUUCAAUCGAUGUUGUGGAAAUUUUUUACUAUUGCAAAUGUGCCUGGAAAAUUAUCAGCCACAAAUUAAUUCUGUGGUUUACAUGUUAAUCUGUUAUGUGAUUUAUGGAUCCCGUGAAAUUAAUCUGUUAUGUGAUUUAGUUUUUUCAUUUGA